AUGGCUCCACCAGAAAGGAUCCUCUUUCCCCCGGAGAAGAUUUGCAUGGACUGGCAGCAACGACAGGGAGCUGGAGCGGGACUCCUCAACCUGGGCAAUACGUGCUUCCUCAACUCUGUCCUGCAGUGCCUGACGUACACAGCCCCUCUGGCCAACUACCUGCUCUCUCGUGAGCACAGCCGGUCGUGUCGUCAGGCAGGCUUCUGCAUGAUGUGCGUAAUGGAAGCGCACGUUAACAAGGUCCUGUGUUCCUCAGUCAGUGCCAUCCAGCCUAGCGCUGUCAUCAGAGACCAUUUCCAGCUUGGCAUGCAGGAAGACGCCCACGAGUUCUUACGCUAUACUGUCGAUGCCAUGCAGAGAGCUUGCCUGAGUGGCAGCAGCGACUUGGACAUCUCUUCUCAAGCAACUACCGUCGUCCAUCAAAUAUUUGGGGGCUUUCUGAGAUCCAGAGUCACGUGCUUGAGCUGCAAAGCGGUUUCCGAUUCCUACGAGGCCUUCCUGGAUAUUCCUUUGGCUAUAAAAGCAGCCUCAUCUGUCACGGAAGCUCUGGAGGACUUUGUGAAACCUGAGCAGCUGGAUGGCGAAAGCUGCUUUAGAUGUAGCAAGUGUGACAAGAUGGUUGCUGCCUCCAAGAGGUUUACAGUCCAUUGUGCGCCCAGGGUUCUCACGGUGUGUCUGAAAAGGUUUGAAGAUUUCACCGGCGGGAAGAUCAGCAAGAUUGUGGAGUAUCCCGAGUACUUGGAUCUUCGGCCAUACACAUCUCAGACAGCUGGAGAACCGCUCCUCUAUGCCUUAUAUGCUGUCCUGGUGCAUAGCGGUGGCAGCUGUAAUGCAGGACACUAUUUCUGCUACAUAAAGGCCAGCAAUGGACUGUGGUAUGAGAUGAACGAUACGUCUGUGGAUGGUUGUGGCAUCGACACGGUUCUCAGGCAGCAAGCCUAUUUACUGUUUUAUGUCAGGCGCUCUGAUUUGAAAAUUGGAGAAGGGGCUUCUUCCUCGCCGGCACCACCACGUGCCCGUUCCUCCCUCAGUUGGUGGUGGGCUGGCAGCAAGCAGCUGGCUUCUGUGGGAGCACAGGGUCUGCCUCAUCAGACUAAGGACAUGCCAGUGGGCAUGGAGGACUCUCCAGCGAACAGCAGCUCCUCCGCAACAGCCGGUGCCAGCCACCUGAUGUGGGCAGGUGCCCGGGAGGCAUCUGCAGGCUGGCUGUGGCCCUUCUGGCCAGGCAGGCUCAGCAUCGCCUCCUACGUGGGCUUCUGCUUGCAUCGCUUCUCCUGCGCCUGUAUAAGGCUGGUGUCCAGAAGGAAAGCUGCGUGCCCAGUCUGCUGUCAACCGUUUGACCGUGCGCUGCGCACCGUGCGAGAAGACCGCAACAAAGAGGAGCACGGUUUCAGCCCCUCUUCCCGCUGCCAGAGGCAUGGUGCCAGGGAGAGGGCCCGCAGCAGAUCCCCGCAGUGA